AGAAUCUCAGCCAACCCCGCGCUCACGUUGUGUGUAUUUAAAUAGGCAGGCUUGGUAGGUGAGAUAUAAACACAGGGCGCCGCUCCUCAUGUCAACGAAAGCCCAAGCACCAAUAGAAGUCGCGUAAGGCUGCUCUACUAAAAACUUUUAAAGUAAUGUCUUACGGCAAAGCAGUGCCUGUUUUCGCGCGAGCAGGUUUAGAUGUGAACCUAAGAAAUGUAUCCGCCUUGUCGACCAGGAGAUUAGAGUCCACAGUUGCUUCUACGCGACGCAACCAGAGUGCAGAAGAACGAGCAUAUAUCGACUGCGCAGUGCCCAAAACCGACGUACAAGCAGAUCUCAUCCAGCAGAACAGAAAUCAUGUCCCCAACAAAAACAAGAUCUCAAUUGAUUUUGAACAGACCAAAGAAGCCUACAAGAGCAAAGACACCGGUGAAUUACUCAGAAGUUUGAUAGUGUUCAAACUCUGCUCCUAUGACCUCCUGGUUGAUAAAAACAAGGAGAUUAUGGAUUUUAGUAAGAAGGUCCUGGGUCAGAAGACAUUUGAGCGGGUUAUGAAGAUGACUUUUUAUGGGCAGUUUGUGGCUGGGGAAGACCACCAAGAUAUCAAGCCCCUGGUUCGGAAGAACCAAGCCUAUGGAGUGGGAGCUGUGUUAGACUAUAGUGUGGAAGAGGACCUGACCCAGGAAGAGGCUGAAAACAAAGAAAUGGAGUCAUGUGUGUCUGCUGCAGAGAGAGAAAGCCCAGGGGAGAACCAUCGUGAGAAAAAAUACAAGGCCCACCGUAAGUUUGGAGACCGUAGGGGAGGUGUGACCAGUGCCCGCACCUACUUCUACGCAGAUGAAGCCAAAUGUGACCAACACAUGGAGACUUUCCUCAAGUGCAUCAGAGCUUCAGGAGGGAGUUCUGAAGAUGGUUUUUCUGCCAUCAAGAUGACAGCUCUGGGACGACCACAGUUCUUGCUUCAGUUCUCAGAGGUCCUAGUGAAAUGGAGGCACUUCUUCAAUUUUCUAGCUGCCAAACAGGGAAUGGAAGGCAUGGAUGUGCUGGAACAAAAACUGGAUCUGGAGAAGUUACAGGCACAUUUGGAGAAGCUUGGUGCUAAGGGGGACUUUCAGAGCUGGUUUACAGGAGAGAAAAUAGGCUCGUCUGGGCUUGAGACAGGUCAGCUGGAACCUCUUCUGAACAAGUUCACGGAGGAAGAGGAGGAACAGAUGAAGAGGAUGCUGCAGAGACUGGACGUCUUAGCCAAGCACGCUGUGGAGAAUAGGGUGAGGCUGAUGGUGGAUGCAGAACAAACGUACUUCCAACCAGCCAUCAGCAGGCUGACCCUAGAGAUGCAGAGGAUCUUCAAUAGAGAGAACCCAGUCAUCUUCAACACUUACCAGUGCUACUUGAAGGAAGCCUUUGAUAAUGUGUCUAUGGAUGUGGAGCUGUCGAGACGUGAAGGCUGGUACUUUGGUGCCAAGCUGGUGCGCGGGGCUUACAUGUACCAGGAGAGAAGCAGGGCAGCCGAGAUUGGCUAUGAAGAUCCCAUCAACCCAGACUACGCGUCCACCAACCAGAUGUACCACAAGUGUCUGGACUAUGUGCUGGAGGAGAUUGGGAACAACAGAACGGCUAACAUCAUGGUGGCCUCUCACAAUUUGGACACGGUCAAGUUCACCCUCAGGAGGAUGAACGAUUUGGACCUCGCUCCGACGGACAGGAAGGUGUACUUCGGCCAACUCCUGGGGAUGUGCGAUCAGAUCAGCUUCCCACUGGGCCAGGCAGGUUUUCCUGUGUAUAAGUACGUGCCGUACGGGCCGGUGAACGAGGUGAUCCCGUAUCUGGUGCGACGGGCGCAGGAGAACCGCGGCUUCAUGAAGGGGGCGCAGUCGGAGCGGGAGCUCCUCUGGAAAGAGGUGCUGAGGCGGAUGACCAGCGGAGAAGUGUUCUACACGCCAGCCUGAGGAGGAUGAAACACACACACACAAACACACACACACACACUUUCUCAGCGUGCUAGCUGUCUGCCUUGUCACUCUGUCCCCCUUCUACCGUUCUCUGGUAACAGCCUCUGCAUCACCCUCUUUUCCAGGCGCUCUUGCUGUUCCUUUCUUUCUAUUUUAACACUCUUUUCUCUUCAUCCUAUCUUUUCUGUUUUUCAGUGCCUCCUUUGUAUGGCUGUAUUUCUGUCGUUCUCUGAACCUCCUCCUUUCUGUGUUUUUCUCUUUUCUUUUCUCCCUCUCCAUCUUCCUCCUCGUCUCACUCAAGGUCUCUAUACUGUAGGUGUUCCCACUCUCUCUCUCUCUCUCAAAGCACUUUUCUAUGUCUUGAGCUUUGCUUUUUUUUUUGGCCCUUUUUGGUCCCCACUUUCUCCAUCUCCUGCUCUUAUCUUUUCCUACUGGGCUUGCUCUUUCUCUCGUCCACAUAUUUCACUUCCCCACUCUUUUCUCUUUUUCACCCUCUUUUCCCCCACGCCAUGAAGCAUUCCCACAAUGCCGAUAGGCAGCCACAGCUGAUAUAUCACACAGGCAUCUUUACUACUCCAAAAGGGCUCCCUAAAAUGUCAGGCGGCCAAACUCUGCUGGUCUUUUUUAUGGGCCAGUUCAUCAUCAAGUAGGAUAACAACAAUAAAAAAUAAGCAUGAUUUAAAUGGCAGUAAACAAGUGCAUCAAUAUCACUUUCUGUUUAUAAUAGUUUGGAUUCGAGGAUAACAAUGCUUUGUUGUGUGAGUUAUAUCUUGUAGUUAUGUAUUAGACAUUUAUUCAUAAUAUAUAUAUGGCCCAUAGUGAGCUGCACUCAGUCUGUAAAGAUCCCCUGAGACCACUGUGCCAUGUCGCACUGAAGGAAAUAUGAGCAAUGUAAUAUGGAUGCAAUUGGUCAUAUCGCACAGCAUAACAAGCUCACAUGUGGGCACAGCAUGUGCGUAUACAGCAUAUCAUCACUUUAGCAGAGACAAUGAAAAGAGAGAUUUUGUAAAUAAUUUAUGAUGUGAAUGUUAAUAUUAUGUAAAAAAAAUUCUAAACAGAGAUUAGUUGACUGGGGAUGGAUUUGCACCGAUCCAUUUUUUGAAUGCUAAAUAAAGUGUUCUUAAUAA